AUGUCGAAGCAGGACUCCUUCCGCUACACCAGCCUCUGCCGCUUCUUCUUGGCUGGGCGGUGCGAACGUGGAGAGGACUGCCAUUUUGCACACGAUGAGUCGCAACUCCGUGAGAAGCCGAAUCUCUACAAGACCCGCAUUUGCCGUAGCCUACAGAAGUCGGGCCAGUGCAAGGAGGGUCCUGGCUGCAGGUUCGCUCAUGGUCAAGAUGAGGUGCGUGACUACAGUUCAGGAGCGAGUGCAGCUGAGUCUGUCGAGGGCGAUGGCUGGGCUCGAACAGAGAGCUCAUGGUCGCUGGAGGAAGAAGGCGACAUGAAGAACGGUUAUGCUGUCCCAUGGGUUGAUCAAGGUAUGGGCUACUGCCCAGCCAUGUGGCCCGGAUAUGGCUUCCCAGUAAUGGGUUGGAUGCCUUCUGGGGAAAUGGCUUGGAUUCCAUGCCAGUGGGAGGAACAGGAGACCACAAAGUGCGAGGAACAUGAUGCCGAUACGGUGGAGCCAUCGGCUGAUGUCACAGAUCCUUGUACCGUCGAAGGCAUUCUGGAAUGGGACCCCAUGAACCUUAGCAAACCUGAAGGCAAGGACUUUACGUGUGACUUGAGCUGGGAUCCGCUCGGCUUGGGCGUUUGCUCCAAUUCUGAAGGUACCGCUGUUGCAUGCCUGGACCCCAGCGUGGUACUCUUGGCUGCAAGGGCGUUGGACAAAAAGUCCAGCACAGUGGACGCGGUGAAGCGUGCCAGUUUCUACUCCCUGCCAUCCACAGAAUUCUCAGAGAAGACUGAGAAGUCCCUCUGGAAAACACCACUGAAUGAACGUUCACCAUGCGACCGGCGUCCCGAUGGCCACAGUUCUGCCGCCACAUUUGCCGCGUCCGGUGCUGGUACCCUGCGCCGCAUGCGCCGCGUCGCCGCGGGCAAGGUGGAGAGAGCUGCCACUGCCGGCACCAGGGGAGCGGCGGUGGCGCAGGGCUGGCGGAGUGGCCAGGCCGCUGUGGUGGCGGCACUGCUGCAAGCCUUUACUGAACCCGUGCUGAACCGCGUGGCCGUGAAGCGGAUGACAGUGGGCGCAGCCAUCCGCGAGGUGCGUCUCAUCGACAUCCUGCGGUUCUUUCGAACGGUGCUGGCCACGAAUCUCUUGAAGUUCCCAUUUUUCGAAGCGGUCAAUGACUUUUCAACGACCUGGUCCUUCAUCCCUUAUCCUUUGCAGGGCAUCUUUGCUGCUGUGAUCUACACCUCUGCAGUUUUGCCUCUGGCAAACUACCGUUACAUCAAGAGCUUGCAGCUGAAGGUGAAGUUCAAGAAACUCUAUCAAGCUUAUUUUCCCACCUUGCUCCGGGAUUUGAUCUAUGGCAUCACUCGACAUUUCAUGAUGAUCCAGUUGGCCACACCGGGUGUGAAGCUGUCAUUGGGUGGCGAGGCUUUCAGGAUUUUCAUUUCGAUUGCAGUGGCCUGCAUGGCAUCUGCCCCUGGGAAUGAACUUCGAGCUUACCGGCUUCAACCCAAAAAAACGCGGCUGCCACCUGCAGAAUUCUUUGAACUGCAGCCCUUCCUGCGCUCGGCGAUGCUCGGGGCCCUGAUCCCGGCUACAGCGAUCGCCUCGGGGCACGUCCUUGUGGUGCAAGCGGAAGUGCUGGGGAAGUUCUUCCUCAGAGGUCUGGAAUGGAUGCCUCGUCACGUUUGGAUACCUCCACUCUUCAUCUCGCUUUGGCUUGUUUUGAAAUUGGAGUCGACGCGACAGUACUACGAUCCCUAUACUCAGAGCCGAAUGCUGCGGCGCAUGCGAGCUGACAUGCCAAAUAGCCGUCCCAGCUCGAAACAAACAGCCAGUAUAACCACCACAGAUCCUGCAACGAUUGUGGAGACCAUUUCAGAUUCUGAGGGUUCGGGACCCAGUGGACAGCCACCCGAGCUGGAUGGAGGCCCUGAAGCUGCAAGUGUCCCAGCAGCUGGCGAAAUUGCAAGAUUCGUUUUGCCUUCUUUCUUUUUGGUCUUGGCCAACAGCUCGAUGACCACCGUGGACAAAGCUUUCCUGGGUCGGUCCAGUUCUUUGCAGCUUGCGGCCAUGGGACCCGCAGCUUCUGUCUUUGACAGUGCCUCUCUGGUGUUGACCUUUUUGAAUACGGCAACCCUGAGCCUGCUGGGCAUGUCAGCUGGUGAUCCACUACAGCUUCGUAAGAUCAGAUCGCACGCCAUUUUUCUGGCCACCAGCUCUGGUUUGUUUCUGACCCUAUUUCUCUUUGCCUUGGCCGGACCCUUGACACGUUUGAUGGGCGCCACCCCGGCGAUGUUGCCGCUGUCCAUGAUUUACCUUCAGAUCCGGGCCAUCGGUGCACCCAUCGAGCGCGGCACAUCAGUGGCCACCUCCUUCUGUUUGGCGGCCAAAGAUGGGGCUACGCCUCUAAUGGUCACCCUGGUGGGCAUGGUGAUCAAUGUUGUUGCUGACGGACUGCUGAGCCCAAAAUAUGGUCUGGCUGGGGUGGCGGCCGCUUCGGUGGUUGCCUCUCUGAUCGGCUAUGCCUACCUGAUCUGUGCGCUGGUGAAGAGUGGCCGAUGGCCUCGGCCCUUUGCUUGGCCCCGGAAUUUCCGAUCGAUCUCGCGCUUUUUGCGAUUCGCGGGACCUGUCCUCCUGGCUGUUUUUUUGAAGAUGUUGGUGCUGGCAAACAUGACCACAGCUGCUUGUUCCUUUGGAACCACAGCUGCUGCUGCGCAUCAGCUUUUUCAAACCCUAUUCCUCCUUUCUGCUGUGGCGAUUGGAAAUCCAUUCAGCUGGGCGGCACAAGCAUUCAUUCCACCGAUUCUUGCAGCAUUUUGUGAAGGACAGGAGUGCGGGGCUGUGAGCCGCAAGUCCUUUUGGACCUUACGAAGGCUCUUAGCUAGCGCAUUGACUCUGUCUUUGACAGCUUCGGUAAGUGUGGUGAUAUUUUGCCGGAAGUUUGGUUGGAUCCUUUCCAGUGAUCCAGAUGUGGUGGGCGAGAUGUCCAGAACGAGUCCAGCGCUGGUACCUUUCUUGGCGGUGUAUCCAUUGCUGCUGACCUUGGAGGGUGCUCUUUAUGGUGCACAGGAACGGAGUACGGUCCUUUGGCUUAGUAUCUUCUUUUGGUGUAUGUCAUCAGCGGCAGUUGGUGCCCUACGACUGUUUGGCAUAUUAUCGCUUUGUAAUGUUUGGCUGGCCGUGGGGCUCUCUUGCGGGAUCGCAACGCUAGUCACUGCAAUUUUCGCUUUUCAACGAGUUUUGGCUCCAAAGGGUUAUUUGAUACUUGAGAGCAGCCGCUAG